AUGGGCAAGGACGCUUCUUUCGCUCCCGGUGACUCUGCCAAGGGUGCCAAGCUCUUCCAGACCCGUUGCGCUCAGUGCCACACCGUCGAGGCCGACGGUGCCAACAAGGUCGGCCCCAAGCUGCACGGUCUGUUCGGCCGUAAGUCCGGCCAGGUUGAGGGAUACUCCUACACCGACGCCAACAAGGGUGCUGGUGUCACCUGGGACGAGAACUCUCUGUUCUCCUACCUCGAGAACCCCAAGAAGUUCAUUCCCGGCACCAAGAUGGCCUUCGGUGGCCUCAAGAAGGGCAAGGAACGCAACGACCUCAUCACCUACCUCAAGGAGUCUACUGCUUAA